GUUCUAUGCCAAGGAGUUCGACGCAAGCAGCACACAAGUAGGCUGGCUCUUCAGCACCUACUCGCUGGCACAGGUCAUUGCCCUGCCUCUUCUCGGCCGCCUCUCAGACACGACUGGCCGGCGACCCGUGCUUGUACUGUCACUCUUUGGCGCGGCGACCGGCGCUUUUGUGCAAG